AUGUCUUCAUCUGCGACAGCUCCCGAAGACUCACCCUACCACGGCCAAGAUCUGGGUAGCGGAGAGAUCCGCCUCCUCACCAUCGUUCCGACGGAAUCCGGCUUGGAACUCUCAACCAAACCGCACAAGGUCACCGAGGAUCUGGAGUUCGAUGCAAUCUCGUACGUAUGGGGCACAGCUCCUCCCACAGUCGCCGCAACAUGCAACAGUAAACCCUUUCUCGUGACGCCGACUGCACACGAGAUGCUUGCGCACCUGCACCACCACAGGCCGGUUCCGCACCGCCCGCUGUGGAUCGACGCCAUCUGCAUCAAUCAGAAGAAUCUGGACGAGAAGGCUAUCCAGAUCCCCUUCAUGCGCGACAUCUAUUCACGAGCGACCCAAGUCAUCAUCUGGAUGGGACCCUCGACGCCCGGUACUGACGCCUUCCUGGCCGACUUUCCGCGGGUGUCCAAGAUUGCCCGAGACUGGAUAUCCGCGGGAACUGACCCUCGUUCCUGGAAGGCGGAAAAGUGGCCGGGGCCGCAUGAUCCGUUCUGGACGGGAUGCCACCAGCUGGUUCGGAAUGUCUGGUUCCGGCGCCUGUGGACGUUCCAGGAGGUCAUUCUCGCACGAAAGGGCAUCGUCUUUUGCGGGUCGUCUUACGUCGACCUGGAAGAAUUCAUCGACUUCGUCAUCAACGGCCAUUUCGGGACGACGCCGUUCAUUCCUCCAACUGAGGUCUCGGGGUCUCUGGAAGACGAGCAUGUUGCAUGGGAGGAGCUACGCACGAUCCAACGGUACCGAGAUAUUGCGAUCACGGAUGCGAAACCCGUGGAAGCCAUUGACGUCCCAGCGCUCCUGGAGAAGCUGCGUACUAGACGUGUGUUGGAGAAAGUGGAUCGAGUCUGGGCUGUGACUGGGCUGUUCGAGGAAGGCGUGCAGAGUGAAUUGGCUCCAAAGGUCGACUACAGCCUCGAGGCUCGAACCGACUUUUGGAAGACCUUCGUUCAUUUCGCAAGGAUCAUCCUUGCAAAAGCAGGGCCGCUAUGCCUGCUGUGUGUGCCUCCCUCGGUCGGACAGAGAAACGUUUCUCUGCCGUCAUGGGUUCCAGACUUCUCGGGACAGUCAGCUUGCCAUAUGCUCAUCACGGACUACUGGAACUAUCCGGCCAGCCACUCCGGCCAGUUCCGCAAUCUGCUCCUCUGCGAAGAAGAGGACGACUAUAAGAAGUGUUACGAAAGGGUGUAUGCAGUUCAAAAGCAUAGUAAGCGGUACGUUUCCACUCCAGAAACGGACAACUUCCUGCACAUUCGCGGCUUUUGCGUGGACACAAUCUCGGAAGUGGUAGAAGACGCGCGGCUCCUCGGUGAGACCGAUUUCAGAUUGAACUCAGCCUGGGCGACCUACAGAGCCGAGAAUUCUUCUUUCGUGGCUGCCAUGAGCUGGGAGUCAAGAAGUCUGGCAUUGGCACGCCGCGUCCUCCGCGGAGCUAAUGAUGAAGGCGCAUCAAGUAUCCCUUGGGACCACCUUAUGGCUUUCUUCAUGGAAUCUCGCCUCGUUCAACAAACAGAGACGGCAUAUAUUGACACAAUGUCCGUUUUGAGGAGCGAAAAUCCACCUGUCCAGUACGACGGCCUUGAAUUUCCCAGGCGCACUCUUGCAGGUCAAUGCAUCAGCCACUUCAAAACCAUAGCUGGUCAUACUUUCUUCAGUACGAAAGGUGGACGCAUUGGAAUCGCUACUCCAGGAUGCAAGCCCGGAGAUAGGCUCUGCGUCCUCUACGGUGGGCACCCUUUGCAUAUUUUGCGUUGGCCGGGGUGCAGCGAGAGCGACAAUGUCAGCCCUGGAGGUGCCGUUGUUGAGCUCAUGGGUGUUGCGUAUGCUCCUCAUCUCAUGCAGCAACAUCAAUCGGACGAUUCCCGACUUGGAGAGGACGAGACUUACGUGAUUGGCUGA